UAAUUUAGGGCUUUGUCGAGCGACGCAGUGGGUUUUGUAUCGAGUUCUAGCAUCUGCACAGCUAUGGCGGCCAGGGAUGUGCGCGCAUUGUCGCCAAAGCCUUGGAAGCGUAAGCACAGGAAGGCGCUGGCGCCGGCAGCGGACAGCAUUGAGAUUUUCGAGGGGAAGCCGACGGUUCCAGCCCCGAUCUCGCUCGAGAUCACUCCGGCGGACGGGAAUGGCUACCUCCGGAUCGUCUGCCAGGAGGAGGUGGAGUUCUUUGUUCCUAGGAAGAUAGUGGAGCAGCUAAAAUGCGUCGAUGUUAUUCUUCGCGGAGAAGUGCAGUUUAGAGAAAGAUUGGAGAAUGUGAUCCGAUUCCCAGAUUUUCGCUACGAGGUGUUGGAAGCUGUAAUGCGGUUCGUUUUUAUAGAGUACAUUGACAGUCUUAAGGCAGAGAAAUAUUGGGGACAAAACGCCCCGCGAGUAACGUUUCAGUUCGAGGUAGAACCAAGCCAAGUGAUGGAAAUUGUUCAUGCUGCUCAUUUUUUUGGCAUAAAAAAUCUUCUAAAGGUUGCUGCGGCGAUGAUUGCUCACAAUCUAAAAGAUGUACCGGAUGUCUCGUCAAUGCCACCAGACUUAGCAUGGUGUGUUGCGGAGCAGUUUUCCGCGCAAGACUUAUUUUACGCUGAAGAAAGGGAUGAUUUUUUAUCUCUGGGUCUUGAUACGAGAAGUCUUUGGGAGGAAAACUGCAAGAAAAUGAUGCAUGACGAUGCAACAAUGUCAAUUUGUUCGUUGGAGCACUAUCCAGCGUACGACGAAUGGAUCACCUCAGACAGGCCACCUCCAACUUCAUGGAAAUCACUAUAUAUGUCAAUUUAUCUCCAACAGUUAGCUGAUCGACAGGACGGAGGCACAAACGAUAGCUUCAUUGCUGAAGUAUCGCACAAGGGAAAGUGGGUGUACACGCAUACAAUACGGUCCGCAUUCUGGGAGUGGAUAAUGACAGGAGAGGGCAGCUUGUCGUUCGACGUAUAUAUGGCUCAAUUUCCAGCUCUAUUCUCCCUUUGCCUUGCAAAGGUUCAGCUAGGAGAUAAUGGUCUUUAUGUUGGCAAAAUAUUAGCAGAAAUGCAGCUUCUCCAACUGCUAGAUAUCAGUGAGACAGGCUUUACAAAGGAAGCGGCAGUAAAUUUGAGCCUUUCUCUUCGGAAACAUAGCAGGCUCCAGGUACUUCGCCUCGCUUACAACUGCAUCCUGACAGAAGGAUUCACAGCUAUCGCUCGGGCCCUUGAGUUUGCAAGAUCUCUGAAAGUAUUGGAUGUACGGGAAAAUGGUAUUGGAAAAUUCAUACCUGAGGAAGCACUUGCAGCUUUAAAGUACAGUCGACUGAAGGAGCUUCUUUUUAACGGAAACUGUAACACGGAUGCUAUUCAAGAAGAGCGCUUAGUAGCGAAACCAAUACUUGAUGCUGUACCGACACAGUUGAAGACUCUGCGGUUGCAGCAGUGCUGUCUCUUAGACGAACAUGCAUUUUUCUUGGCAGAGGGACUGAGAAAACAUGCUCAUAUUCAGGCACUUGAUUUAAGCGACAACAAGAUCACUGCGGCAGGGGCUUGUGCAAUUCUUUUGUGGCUUCAGGAAAACACGUCUUUGCUGGAGUUGUCUUUUGCUAACAACAACGUCCAGGACUCGUGUUCCAGAGUGCUCUGCGCGGUUAUGCAAAACCACUCUUCUUUACAACGGUUCUCGUUGAUGGGCAACUACUCAUACGGUGAAGAAAAUCUUCCAGAGGUCCUUCACGCUGCUUCGUGUCGAGGGAACGCGCUGCUUGCAUCAGAGCACAAGAGAUUUACGUUGGAUCUACGCAGCACCGACGUGUCGUAUGCGAACAGAGCAAGGAUUCUCCGCCAGGCCGUCCAGUUCACAUCACUAGAUCUUUUAAUUUGACAACGAAAACGAUGGCCACAUUUAUUCUGCCAGGUGCGGACCUCCGAUAGUGGCGGUCCAAGCUCUACUCAGUGCGUUUGCUGCCAGCCUACCACAACACACUCGAGAGAAAACGACUGGUAUUGUGAUGUUGUUGCUGUUGCUGUUACUUCCUUGGAACUUAAGCAUGCAUCUCUGGUC